UCAUCCUCCGGCGUAAUCAUUGCUGUAACCCUCAAAACUUGAUCAUGGCGGCCUUGUACUGCGUUUUGCUCUUGGCGUUGUUGUGCGAGAUACACGCCAGACCUGUUGAAGAUGCCGAGAUGGAAGCCUACAAGGCGGAACACCCGGAAGAAUUUGGAGACAAAUUCGAAGGCGACAUGGUCGUCGAACCGGGAUUUAGAAAUGGCAUCAUCAACAGGAAUCAAUUGUGGCCAAAUGGCGUAGUGCACUACACCAUUGACCGCGGUUUUUCCUCAAGAGAUAUUGCCAACAUCAACGCAGCCAUCGCAGAUUACAAUAGGUACACAUGCAUCAAAUGGGUAAAGAGGACAAACCAGCGAGCUUACGUCAGGAUCUUCGUUGGAGGAGGAUGUUUUUCUUCGAUCGGGAUGUCGGGCGGGCGCCAGGAUCUCUCUCUCGGCCAAGGCUGCACCGGCAAGGCUACCGUCAUCCACGAGAUGUUGCACGCCCUUGGAUUUGUCCACGAACAGAGCAGGACCGACAGGGAUGAUCAUAUCAUUGUGCAGUGGAAUAACAUACAACAGGAUAUGAGGUUCAACUUCAACAAGCACGGCAGUAACUACAUCUCCUUAUUAAAUACCCCCUACGACUACGGCUCCGUCAUGCAGUACGGCAGAAAGGCCUUCUCUUUCAAUGGAAGGGAUACAAUGGUCCCUAGGAGAGCGGGGGUCGCCCAGCUUGGACAGCGUAUCGGUUUCUCCAAGUUAGACAUCGAGAGGGUCAACAAAUUGUACAGCUGCCAAGGCGGCGGAGGCGGUGUGAGGCCAGUUAAUCCACCGAUCACCAACCCGUGCACGGACAGCGACCCAAAUUGUCCCUACUGGAAAAGCGUCGGAGAAUGCUAUUACAACCCCGGGUGGAUGUUACCGAAUUGCAGAAGGUCAUGCAACCAGUGCUAGUAGGGUCGGACCAAACUCCAGGAAUGAACGAGGCGUGAACUCGUACGAGAAAUUUCCCUAAUUGCACAGUAAUCUAUUAAUAAAUAUACGAAGAGUUCGAAAUUAUUAA